UAGUGUGCAUCAUUUCAACAAACACGGGGAAACAACUUGAAACGUGAUUCUACUUCCACGGCGUUGAGUUCGUUUCGCCCCAAAUCUCCCCACACAUCCCCGCAGCUGGCUUUACCCUGGAUGUCCGCCCGUCUCCCCGCCAUGCUGGGCCAUUUGCCCUCCCCGUCCCCCCGAGGGAAUUCCACCACCCGCACUCGCGACGAGCACAAAUAGGGGCACUCAGCUCGAUCCAUCCAUCUCAAAACUCCUGCUGCUAAUUCCUUGUCUGUUCCAGACUGAGGUUCUUUUCCGAGUCGUUCACAUCAGCUGCAGCAACAAUGGCUUCCGCUAGAAGUCAUCAUAGCUCUGCCUCGGCUUCUUUUCGCGCACUCGCAGUCACAACGGCCCAGCAAUUCGCACUGAUGUCGCUACCUUCGUCCCCCGCGCAUUCCGCCGCCGCUCGCCUCCCGUACGGGGUAAUGCGCCCAGGCGUGCGGGAAGCGCGUCGCAUUCGCCGCCUCCGUCCUCCUCUCGCUUUCAAGCGACGUCAGAAGCGACGGUUGAUUGCGUGGCGCAUUCAGAAAGAAGGCCCUGGCCAUCCAAUCCUCCUAGUAACGAUAUCACUUGCGCGGCGCGCCAGAGGGUCACCGGCGCGGGACCAGAGCCACCUCAGCCGUCAACUCAGCCGGAAAGCUACGGGCUGUCGCUGCAGCAGCUGCAGCAUCUCGCCUCGCUAACUGCCGCCAACGAUAGCUCGCGCGACGCGAGCAGCGCGUCUUAUGUCUUCACGUACGCGUCCGACGUGUCAUCGCGCGACGGGUCUCGGGAUCGCAGGGGUCGCUUGUCGCUGGACUCGGCCCAGCGGCGACUCGACUCGUGGAAUCGCGCGAGCAGGCCCGUUUUCGGAAACGCAGCGUCGGGAAACAGCCUCGAUCACAUGCGCUCGCAGCGCCGGCGGCUCAAGCGGAGCAGAAGCGAGCCGUCGCUGCUAAAAAUGGGAGGCGAAGGCUCUUCGGGCAGCGGACUGAGUAGGCGACCGCAGCCGCUGGAUGCGGUAGUGUCAGAGGCGCGGAGGCAAGCGUCCCGCCACUCGCUCCGCCGCUCGCGAAGUGCGCACGCGCUGGGGGAGAAGGACACGAACGCGCUCUGGGUCGACGCCAUGACGGCGCUCAUCUGGCGGCGAGGCGGGGCGGUCAUUUAUAGACGACCGGACGGUCCAACGGCGCAAGAGUCAGCAGCCAACUCGGCGGACAACCGCGACCGUCGAGGGUGUGACGGCAUGCGGCAGAUUUCACCGACUGCCGCGAACUCAGCCGACUCUGUUCGUGCGGGCUCGCCGUUUUACCCCCUGUCGAACGCUUCGGUGAUAAGCCGAAGACGACCAAGCCCGUCGUCCCAAACCCCCUUGCCCACGCCAGCGGAGUCGCAACGAUCCGACGGUUCCCAGCAGAGCCGACCAUGGAGUUCGGCCUCAGCCAGUGGCCGCGUCGCGGCGCAAACGACGAGCUACUACGAUGGCCGAUGCCGCGCGCACACAGCGCCAUCCGCAUCGGCAGCGCAACGCGUCAACGCUUCACGCGCAAUCCAGCCCUCGGAGGAGUCGUCGAGAAUCCAGAAUUCUGUAGUGUCGAUGAGCAGAAACUAUCAAAGCCAUUCGCACCAGCGACAGCAGCAGCUGCGGACGCUUAGGGACCCUGUGAAAUCGGUUUUUGCUUGGGCUGCUGAACAAAGAAUAGCUUCCCGGAGAACACAAGCCCAGCAGUGAUGUUGCUGCUCCUAUAUUGUAGGUAUAGUUGCCGUACCUACUGUAUGUAAACUAAUACAUAUAUUGUUAUGUACAAGUUAUAGGCUAGAUAAGGUAUGUUCUUAGUGGGUACAACCCAAACGCUAUAUCUUCCCUGUUUUCCCUUGUUCUAAUCAUUCUUUCUAGUCUUAA